AUGGCAGAUGCAUCAAUUCUGAACGAGCUGACUUUGGCGCAAGUUCUGGAACAAGCGAGUGAUCCCCGGCAUGCAGGGUUACAGGUUCAAAAGCUCGCCGAACAACAAUUGAAAGCUUGGAGUGCUCAAAAGGGUUAUCAUUACCUGCUUCAAUCCAUCUAUCUGGAUUUAUCAUGCCCUCUGAACGUCAGAUGGCUCGCCAUUAUUCAAUUUAAGAACGGUGUUGACAGGCACUGGCGGUCGACGAGGGUCAAUGCUAUAGGAAAAGAGGAAAAGACAUCUAUCAGGGCUCGGCUCUUCGAUUUGAUUGACGAAAGUAACAACCAGCUCUGCAUACAAAAUUCGCAGGCCACCGCUCGAAUUGCCCGUCUGGACUUCCCGAGCGAAUGGCCAAACCUUUUUGAACAGCUGGAGCAACUGCUGGCUAAUGAGUCCAUUUGGCGGGACAACGUCAAAAUCUAUAAUCUUUUGUUGAUUAUGAACCAGGUCGUCAAAAUCUUAGCUACUGCAAGGAUUGGUAGAUGCCGUCCUGCAAUGCAAAGCAAAACUCCCUUGGUCUUUCCUCUCAUGGUAAGGACAUAUCUCAAGGCUUUCAAUGAGUGGACGACGGCGGAAAAUGUUGAUGAAGAUAGUUUAGCACAAAUUCAAGUUUCUUACAUCGCACUUAAGGUGCUAAGACGUUUGACUGUUGAAGGGUAUGAGUCUCCACAUAGAGAAGAGCCUGUUCGUGAGUUCUUACAAAUAUCUAUUGGGCACCUUGAGCUUUUGCUCUCACAGUAUGAUAAUUACAAAAAGUUUGACUUUUUCGAAAAGUAUGUGAGAUGCUAUGGCAAACUGUAUCACAAUUUAAUUUGCGCUUCGCCCUCAAACUUCAUUCUGCUCCCUUGUUCCUUACAGAUUCUCGUUACUUUCACCAAGCUUUUAUUCGAUCGAGCUCCAGACGUUUACAAUGAAAAUCCUGACCUCAGCGGCGAUUUUUGGGAACAAGUUGCCAUUCGCGGCUUCUCACUAUUGAAGAAACUAAUCAAUUUCAUACACAAGAAAGGCGCUAUGACGAUAAGGGCUAAAAACGAUAAAGCAGAAAUUGAUUCAGCUAUAAGAAGAAUUUCAACAGAUUUUUUGAACGAACAGUUGAUACAAAAUUGGGUUGAUCUUUUGGUGGAUUGGUAUAUCAAGCUCAGACUGUCUGACCUUGAAAAUUGGUCAAUAGACCCCGAGGAGUGGAUGAAUGAGCAACUCGCUGCAAGCUACGAAUACCAAAUCAGACCCUGUGCAGAGAACUUCUUUCAAGACCUCAUACACACAUUUCCAGAAACCCUGGUACCGUAUUUACUCAACAAGAUUCAAACGGAUGUGGGAACUUCAAACAAUACCAUUGGUGAUUUAUUAAAGAAAGAUGCUAUUUUUGCCAGCUUUCAAUUGAGUGCAAGUUCUAUAAGUGAAGCGGUUGAUUUUGAUUCCCUUCUUGUUGAUGUAUUUUUGCCAGAAGCUACCAAUCCGCAGGUAUCCCAGGAGCAAUCGAAGAUUUUAAAGAGAAGAAUUGCCUUAGUAAUAAAUGAAUGGUGUGGGGUGAAGUGCUCAGAGAGUAGUAAACAACUCUGCUACAAGUUGUUUUUGCAGCUUUUAACGGGGGAGGACGAUAGGGUUAUUCAGCUAAGUUGUGUGCAGACAUUGAGAACGCUAAUAAAUGAUUGGAGCUUCAGCAAAGAGUCAUUUCAGCCAUAUCUCGAUAGUUUUGUGUUUGUUUUACUCAAGAAGAUUCUUCCUGUUGUCUCACUUACAGAAACACGUCUGUAUGUCCUCAACACUUUGAGUGAAAUCAUAUUUUACACAAAGCCACUCAUCAGCAAAAACCUUCUCGUAGAAAUUCUACAAGCUGUACCUAAUUUAUGGGAACUCUCAGUUAACGAACCAAGUGAGUCAAUUUUGGCAAACGCUUUAUUGAGACUCUUGAGACAUUCAGUCUGUUCUUUAGGAAAAAAUUCAACAGCGACCUGGCAGAUAGCCUUGCCAGUGACACAGGCUGCCUGUAAUGCAUCAUCGCCCCAAUACUCGCUCUUGUACGAAGAUGGAUUUGAUCUCUGGCAAAGCUUGUUGCAAAAUUACUCAGAUGAAGAGCAAAAGCUUGACAGCACUUUCCUAGAAAUGAUACCCUUCUUGGAGAAUGCUAUACAAAAUCAAACUGAAAUUCUUCCAACGCUUCUAGAGAUUGUGCAGAGCUAUGUCUUGAUUUUGGGGAGCGAUGAUUUUAUGAGAUCGACCACAUUUGGAUUCGUGUUUUCUCACAUGUCCAGAUAUCUUCUGAAGCUUCGUGAUGACUCUUUCGACAUUUUUCUUCUAAUAGUCGACACCCUAGCACUGCUUCAAAAUCCGGAAAACAUAAAUUCAUUACUCAACUUUCUGUUUACAACUGGUGCGCUGAGUUCCAUUUUUGAUGCAAUUUUUCGUGAGGAACAGAUUUCGUGUUAUCAAACAGGUCAAUUGCUGCGAAUAAUAGCAAGAAUUGCCUACUACAAUGCAACUUCUGUUCUACAAUUUCUCGAAGAAUAUAAGUCCAUGCUUCCAACCGCUCAACAAAAUUCCUUGUUACCCUUGGAUCAGAGGAGGGUAGUGACAAGCGAUAUGCCUUCUGAGAAAUUACUUGAUAAAUUCAUGACCUUGUGGAUUUUAUGUUUUAAGGAAUUUUACGACCCCAAAGUCAGGAAAAUUCACAUACUUGGUAUAUCGAGCAUGCUUCGGACUUUGUCUAUACCAAUUAUUGCAGAGUUUCCAAGUAUUGCCUCGAUCUGGGUGGAGUUUUUAGAGGAGACAAACGAAACUUCUGAUGGCGACUGCGUGAAAUUUCAUCUUAAAGAUGUCGAAGAUGACUCUGAAUCUGGGAUCGAGCACGUACUAACAUGCGAACAAUCAAGAUUAAAAAUUCUAUCGAAAACAAGAGAUCCUGCUCACAACGUAAGCUUGAAAGGGGAAAUAGCGCAAAUUCUGCAAUUCUUGGAGACCAAAUUAGGACCGCAGUUCCAGAAUCUUUUAGCGCCCGUCGACGGCGCUAUACUGGAAAAUUUACAGAUUUUCUUGUCCAUACCGUCACAAAAAUAA